AUGGUACUACAGCAGGGUUCAACCGGAACAAGCCUCUGGGGACACUCUAGCAAAGUAGGUGAUGUAGUUCACAUAAAACUUAACAACAAUGAAGUUGCCCAGGCAACUGUUAAUAGUCAUCAGAUCUGGGAGGCAAAAUUUACGAGUCCUUCAGACCAUGGGCCUUAUAAUGUCUCUGCAACGUCAAGUCUGGGAACAAUUCAGAUCUCUGAUGUUCUCUUUGGUGACGUCUGGGUUUGCUCUGGACAAAGUAAUAUGGAGUUUUUUGCUUCCAAGCUCUUAAAUGCGACAGAAGAAUAUGCAGACAGCGCAAAUUACCAAAAUAUCCGUUUAUUUCACAUACAUAGGGAAUUUUCACCGACACUUUUUACAGAUGUUAAACACAUAGAUACAGCUUGGUUGAAACCAAAUCAGCAGAGUCUUCAAAGGUUUUCAGCUGUUUGCUGGCUAUAUGGCAAAUACUUAUCACAACACUUCAACUAUCCAAUUGGAUUGGUUGAGACAAACUGGGGCGGUACUAGGAUAGAGGCAUGGUCUUCACCAGAUGCUUUAUCUGCUUGUGCUGGUGUCCAGGGUCGAAAAAGGAAUCAGAAUUCGAAUAGCCAAUUGUACAAUUCUAUGGUUUACCCGCUGCUGAGAAAUACUAUUAAAGGCGUCAUAUGGUACCAAGGGGAGGCUAACUCCAGACAAGCAUAUCAUUACUCGUGCCAGUUUCUUGAAAUGAUAAAAGACUGGAGAGUGAAGUUUACCAAAGCAUCAAUGGGAACGACAAACCCUUCAUUUCCCUUUGGAUUUGUACAGUUAGCACCGUGGAGAGAAGGGGAGGCAAACCUUGGAUUUCCUCAGCUACGAUGGGCCCAAACAGCUAACAUAGGAUACGUUCCCAAUUCACUGCUUCACAAUGUAUUUAUGGCUGUGGCUAUCGAUCUCCCUGAUUAUCAAUCACCCUACGGAAGCAUACAUCCGAGGUACAAACAUGACGUUGCCUACCGUCUGUACCUUUCAGCCCUGGGUGUAGCCUAUCAUGAGAGAGAUGUGGACUUUGAGGGACCUUUUCCUACGUCUGCUGUGGUUGACAGCACACACCGCCAUCUCACUAUAGAAUACGGGCGCGGACUAACCCCUAUUGAAGUCAGAUCAAAUACUGGUUUUCAGGUAUGCUGUGUAAAUAAGACCACAACCUAUUGUAAUGGAUUUGACACUCAUUGGAUGAAUGCUACAAUGACCUCACAUGAUUUUGCCACUGUAACCUUGGAUAUUUCUUCGUGUGGCCAUGGAAACCACGUGGUACAGGUCAGAUACGCUUGGCAGGAAAGCCCCUGUCCAUUAUAUAAAUGCGCUGUGUACGGAAAAAUAACCAAUUUGCCUGGACCGCCAUUUACAUUCCACGUUAGUUCCUAA